AUGGCUUCUCAUCGAGCAAGCUCCACAACGGGGCUCGUCCUCCUCCUCGCAAGCCUCACACCUCACUUAACCCUCGCCGAGCCCAUUCCAGGAGGACCCAAAUGCCUCUGGAACCCUGCCGGCCCACUUCACAGUCGCGAGAGAACAUCGUGCCCUUUGGCCGUAGACGACACGAGCCCGCCCUCGGCGCUGGACGCAUCCCCGUGGCUCCAGCCGCUGAAAUGCCGCCACUCCAGAACCCAAUCCGGCCGCUCGUCGUCAAUAGUGGAGACGAGCACGAACGGCGAAGCUGUCCGCUGCGUGUAUUCCACCCACGAUUUCCGUGGAGCGGGUCUCAGCCUGGUUACGCGGCCGGAGACGGCGGCUAAUAUCGUCGGGCUUGGCGGACUCGACGAUCUCGAGGCUUCGCCGAUGUCUUUAGAGCGGGUUUAUGGACGAUUUUCGACGGGGCCCAGUAUUUCGAAGUCGGGCCGUCCGGCUUAUGCGGUGGAGGACCUACCGGGGAAGGGGAAGGGCGUCAUCGCGAGGCGGCGCAUUGUUAAGGGGGAAGUGUUUAUGGUGGAUUAUCCUGCGUUGCUGGUGGAGGCUGGCAUGAUGAGCGAGCUGACGCCGGGGAUGAGGAAGGGGGUCGUGAAGCUUGCGUUUGAGAAUUUACCGAGGGAGACGGGGGCGGAGGUGUUGGAUCUGGCGAAAAGUACUGGCGGCGACGAGGUCCUCGAUGCUUUUACGACGAACUCUUGUAACGUGUUCAUGGCGGAUGGGGAAGCGCAUCUAGGGCUCUUUCCAGAGGUUUCGCGAAUGAACCACGCCUGCGAGCCAAAUGCGUUCUACCGAUUUUCGCCUCGCAGUUUAACGGUAGAGGUAGCAGCCUACCGUGAUAUUGAGCCCGGAGAAGAGAUUAACAUCAACUACGCCUAUCUCGGCAUGCCCUACAAAGAGCGUCGAAAAUACCUGCAAGACUCGUGGAACUUCAACUGUACCUGCCACCUCUGUCUCGCAGACACCGCAACGCGCGAGGGGUCCGAUGCGCGUCGCAUGGCCAUUGCCAAUACGCGCAACGCGCUCACCGACGCGCAAAAAGCCGGUCGGCACGGCGAGGCGAUCGAGAAGGCGGGCGAGCUCGUGGGGCUCUGCGAAGAGGAAGGGCUGUUCCCAUUGGUAGCGGGAUUCUACGACUCCAUGGCCCGGGGGUACCUCGAGAUAGGCGACGUCGAAGAUGCGCAGGUCUAUGCCGAGUUAGCUCUCGGCGGGUGGCUAGAGUACUACGGCGAGGACAGCGUCAAGGUCGAAGGCGGAUUAGAGUUGUUGGAUGCCAUCGGCAGGAGGCGGGACAAACAAGGUUAG